AUGGUCGCCCCGCUCUCCCGAGUCCUCGCCGCCCUCCUCGUCAUCGGCCUCCAUGUCCACGCCGCCCACGCUCUCUCAGGGUACCAGAUAAACUGCGGCGCGCGCGGCGAGCGCGUGGCCGGCAACGUGACAUGGGUCCCGGACGGGCCGUUCGUGCGCGCCGGCAACGCCGCCGCCGUCCCGUCCCCGCCGCCCGGGAUGCCGCCGAUGCUCGCCUCGCUCCGCUACUUCCCGGACGCGUCCGCCGGGAAGCACUGCUACGUGCUCCCCGCCGCGAGGAAGGCCACGUACCUGGUCCGCACCACGUACUACUACGGCGGGUUCGACGGCGGCGACAGGCCGCCCGUGUUCGACCAGAUCAUCGAGGGCACGCGGUGGAGCGAGGUCGACACGGCGGCCGACUACGCCCGCGGCCGCGCCACCUUCUUCGAGGCCGUCGUGCGCGCCACCGGCCGGCAGGUCAGCGUGUGCCUGGCCAGGAACGCGGCCACCGCGGCCACGUCCAGCCCCUUCAUCUCCGCGCUCGAGGUGGUGCCGCUGGACGACUCGGUCUACAACGCCACCGACUUCUCCUCCUACGCCCUCAGCACAAUCGCGCGCCACAGCUUCGGCCACCACGCCGACGUCCUCAGCCAUCCAGAUGCAGGAGAUGAGUUCAACCGGUACUGGGAGCCGUACAGCGACGGCGCCCCGGUGGUGGAGAGCCAGGGGAGCGUGGCGCCGGCGGCGUUCUGGAACAAGCCACCGGAGGAGGUGUUCCGGCGAGGGGUGACGGCCAGCCGCGGGGACACCCUCGAGCUGCAGUGGCCGCCGGCGCCGCUGCCCAAGGCCAGCUACUACCUGGCGCUCUACUUCCAGGACAACCGGGCGCCGAGCCCGCUCAGCUGGAGGGUCUUCGACGUCGCCGUCAACGGCCAGGCCUUCUUCGCCGGCCUGAAUGUCUCGACGGCGGGGUCAAUGCUGUACGGCGCCGCAUGGCCUCUGUCCGGGCAGACCAAGAUCACGCUGACGCCCGCCCCGGGGUCGCCGGUCGGGCCGGUGAUCAACGCGGCGGAGGUCAUGAUGGUUGUUCCGCUCGGAGGGAGGACUCAUCCUAGAGAUGUGAUCGGCAUGGAGGGGCUCGCGAGAGGCUUCGCCAACCCGCCGUCGGACUGGAGCGGCGAUCCUUGCUUGCCCGUGGGGAACUCGUGGACCGGUGUUUCCUGCAGCCAAGGCGCACUUGCUCGAGUAACUGCUCUCAACCUCACCAAUUUCAGUGUUGAAGGGUCGAUAUCUGACCACAUUGCUAAUCUGACUGCAAUCUCCAGUGUCUGGCUUGUGGGGAACAAUCUGACAGGACAAAUUCCAGUUAUGAGCUCCCUGCAUCAUUUGGCAUCUCUGCACCUGGAGGACAACCAAUUGGCAGGGCCGAUUCCUCCGUCGCUCGGAGAACUUCCAAGACUUCAGGAACUGUUUGUGCAGAACAACAAUUUACAGGGCAACAUUCCGAUCAGCCUCAACAGAACGAGCAUUACAUUCAAGUACACACCUGGGAAUAACCUUAACCAACAAUAA